AUGGCGCGGGCUGUAUGCACCGAGUUUCGGUGGCGCAAUGGCCGCAACCAGGAUAUGCAGGGCGUUGAAUUCAUACCAGCUGGCGGCGCCAAGGCCGCACUGCUGUGGCACCAUGGCAUCUGCGAACACUCGGGGCGCUACACGCCUGUGCUGCAGCAGAUCGCUGAGCAGGGCGUGGCGGUGUACACGUUUGACGCACACGGUCACGGGCGGUCGCAGCCGCAGGAGCCUGACGAGCGCUGCAUGAUCAGUCGCUUCAACGACCUGGUCGACGACGUCUACACAUUUGUGUCAGUGUUGGAGCAGCGGCACGGCUCCCGGCUAGAGCCCUGCGUCAUAGGCGGGCAGAGCAUGGGCGCGCUCGUCGUGACCCAUGCUGUGCUGCGCAACCAGGACCGCUGGGCGGGGCUCGUCCUGCACUCUGCGGCGAUGGGCGUCGUCUGGACGCUCGUGCUGCGCGCGCAGGCGGCGAUCGGCAACAUACUGGCGACGGUGGUGCCCUACGCGCAGAUGGUGCCCGCCGUCAAGCCCGAAGACCUGCACGCCGACCCUGCAGUGGUGGAGGCCUUCAAAAGCGAUCCUCUGGUGUUCCACGGCAACCUGCGGACGCGCUCCGCCAACGAGGUCCUGAAGGGCAUGCGGUCGCUGGAGCCGCGGGUCCCGGCCCUCACGCUGCCGCUGUACGUGGUGCACGGCAUGCGCGACAAGACCACCAGCUUUGACGCGGUGGACGACCUGGUGCGGCGCGUGGGCAGCAAGGACGUGACCUUCAACAAGGUGGAAGACGGCUACCACGAGCUGCUGAUGGGCGAGGAGCGCACGGCCAACGGCAACGCGAUCGCGGAGUGGGUGAAGGGGCGCUGCUCGACAUUUGCAGCGGCGGCGGCUCGCGCGCGUGAGGAGCGGCCAGCGAGCGGCAAGCUCUGA